AGAAAACCUUAUAGCCGCGUCGUAUAGGAAACUCUUGAAAGCGUAAGGGAGCUUGGAGACCGUACGCUCUGUGACUUCGCGGGAAGAAACCCUAGUUUCUCUGAUUGCACUUGCCUUCUAGAGAAGUAAAAGGUUUUUGUAAGGAUAUGAACAAUAGUUCUUCUUCCAAAUCGCACGGUCUAGAUCAGCCUGAGUUGAGUGGGCCCAAAUCACUGCGCACCAAAAUGGGCAAACCAGAAGACAGUGAAAAGAAGAUUUUUCAUAAGAAACUCAAAGAUGUUGAGAUUAGUGUUCCGAUAGUGUAUGGCAAUAUUUCAUUCUGGCUCGGUAAGAAGGCAAACGAGUACCAAUCACAUAAGUGGACUGUAUACGUCCGUGGGGCAACCAAUGAGGAUUUGGGAGUGGUGAUAAAGCGUGCUGUUUUUCAGCUGCAUUCCAGUUUCAAUAAUCCCACAAGGGUGAUCGAGUCACCACCAUUCGAGUUGUCAGAAUGUGGUUGGGGCGAAUUUGAAAUCGCUAUUACUCUUUUUUUCCACAGUGAUGUUUGUGAUAAGCCAUUAAACUUAUUUCAUCAUUUGAAGUUGUACCCAGAGGAUGAGUCUGGUCCUAUGUCAACUAAAAAACCUGUUGUCGUGGAAUCCUAUGAUGAGAUUGUGUUCCCCGAGCCUUCAGAGGCGUUUUUAGCUCGUGUGCAGAAUCAGCCAGCUUUAAUUGUGCCCAGAUUACCUGCUGGCUCUGUUUUGCCUCCUCCUGUGCCAGUUGAGGAUCCAAGUAAGAGAAAGAGAGGUGACACCAAAGAUCAUCCGAUGUCCCAGUGGUUCAUGAAUUUCUCAGAAGCAGAUGAGCUGUUACAACUUGCAGCAGCUCGUCAGCAGGUUCAAGCUCAUAUUGCUAAAUUUCGAAGAGAGAUAAGUUUGCUAGAUGGACAGCAGCAGCAACAAGUGAAUUCUGUCUCCGACCAGUGAAUGUACAUUACCUGCAGAUUUUUCGAUAUUUCAGUUCCAAAGUGAUUUCGCAGAAAAUGCUUUCAGAUUGCUUUCGCAGCAGAUGCACUCGAUGACAUUCAAAUGUAGCAAUUAUAUGUAUUUUCCCAGCCGUGGAGAAAUUUUGUCCUUUUGCAUUCUUUUAUUUUUCUGUUCUACACGAAUUGGUGGUGUUCUUCAUCACAAUGCGGCUCUGUAUCGAUAAACAAUUUAAAGGAAGAAAGUAUAAGGUGUAUCUUCGCUAUAAUUUUUUACCGUUGCAAGAUAAAAAAUUUUGGUUUACUUAGA